AUGAUCUACAAUACCUAUCCUUUUGCAUAUUUAAAUCGCAUUCCUGAUCGCUUUUGGUAUGUUAUUCAAAGUAAAACGUACAAUAAGGAUACAAAAAGGAGAAGAGGAAAGGGAAAGAACUGUGGGAAAUACAAACCGAGAAAGGAGAGUGUAACAAGUGCAGUUGAAACAUACCUAACGGAACGCUCAUAUAUUCAAGUCGUCGAGAUCGACAUCCAAGGUGCAGAAAGUGCAAAACGAAAGGAACGGACUGCUCCGCUCUGCUCCACUCCGCGCCGCCCGAAACGGAAAGGCGUGUUCAUGUGUGGGCGAAGAGACAGGAAUGAACUUUUUAUCGAGCUGCGCUAAUUCGUUCUACACGUCAGGAAAUGUCUGGAUUGUAAUAGUAACAGGUUCUGAGAGGGGCAGACUAUAAAAGACAACUAUAAAAGAGCUUAGAGCAAGGAGAGAAGACCGAGAUAGAAUUCGCUUUGACGUUCGCGGGCUAUCGAUCGUCGGCGACGAAAACGUUGGAAAACGUUUCCAGACAGUCGUGCGAAAAAUGUACUUUCGUUUGCAGCGAGUCGCGCUCACGGUGGCUCGCGAUUCGCCGUUUCGAGCGGCGGCAUGCGAUCAAGAGGGAAGGGGUUGGGUAGAAACCAGCAGAGACAGUGGGAGAGGGAAGG